AUGGAGAGGACCCUUGUCUGUCUGAUAGUCAUCUUCUUGGGGACCGUGGCCCAUAAAUCAAGCCCCCAAAGGCCAGAUUACCUUCUGGCCCUUAGACUUCGUCACCUUAUGGACAUUGUUGAACAGCUGAAAAUCUAUGAGAAUGACUUGGAUCCUGAACUUCUAACAGCUCCACAAGAUGUAAAGGGGCAAUGUGAGCACGAAGCUUUUGCCUGUUUUCAGAAGGCCAAACUCAAGCCAUCAAACACUGGAAACAAUAAGAUGUUCAUCAACGACUUGUUGGCACAGCUGAGGAGGAAGCUGCCUGCUAAGAGGACAGGACAGAAACAGACGCACAUGGCUAAAUGCCCUUCCUGUGAUUUGUAUGAGAAAAAAACACCCAAAGAGUUCCUUGAAAGACUAAAAUGGCUCCUUCAAAAGAUGAUUCAUCAGCAUCUGUCCUAGAACACGUAGGACCCGAAGAUUCCCGAGGACACCGGACAGUAUAGACGCUCACAAACACAGGAGUACCUCUUUCCUCCUGGGAUUCUGAGUGGAGAAGUACGAUAUAUUAUGAUAGGAACAACUCAGAAAAGCUGCAGAUUAAGAUCCUUUUGCCCAUUUACUAUGCAGAUAUUGCGGUUCCCUGCACAGACUCCAUGCUGUCAACAUGGAAAAUCUCUUCUCAGCAAGAGCCCAGCUUAUCGUGGUGAUGGGGAUUUCUGGGACUUCUCACGUUGUGGCUUCAUCUUACUGCCCGACUGUGACAUUCUUUGAUCAGAAAGGGAAAACUAAAAAUUUUAACUAAAAAUAAGGCUAAAGAACUUGUUGGUCUGCAAGAAUAAGACCUAUUAUGACCCUAACUGAAGGAUGUAAGCUGAAAAUACAUAAGCAUAAGAUUAUAUUGAAGACUGAAGUCUUUAUUCUUUACGAAAAUCUUUGUACUUGAAAG